AUGAAGUUUUUUGAAAACAAUUUCACCUAUGACUACUCCUUCCCUGCGGUCUCUAUGGCCUAUUUCCUCCGAUACCCUAACCCCUAUUCACGCCAUGUCCUCACCUCUGAUGUCGUCGAUCGUUACAUUGACCCUGAGACCCAACGCCUUCACACCACCCGACUCCAUCUCAAGAAAUCCAAAAUUCCAUCCGGUAUCCUGAAGCUUCUGCCAAAGGGAAUGGGUGGCUCCGACAAUUCUGGUCAAAGCUACAUCCUGGAGACUACCGUUGUCGACCCAAAUGAGGGCUGGAUGGAGACAGAGUCUCGAAACAUGGAGUGGACGGGGAUUCUCAGCGUGGUAGAAAAGCAACGAUACCAGCGAUUGCUGCCUGCCAUGGACCAAGUUCUCAUCGAUGGCGCUUCACUCGAGCAGAAAGCCGAACAGACUGCCGUCAAAACCACUGUCACCUUCCGCUCUCGCCUGGGCCAAGGCAAAUUGCUCAGCAGGAAGAAAGCUGGUGCCGACAAUGCGGACCCGGAAGAGGAAGCCCCUAAGAGAGGCUUUUUCGCUUCGUUGUCGACAGCCGGUAUCCAGCGAACAAUUGAGCUGGUCGGCUUGAGUCGCACCCGUGAAGCGGUCAUGAAGAGUAAGGAGGGGAUGAACAUAGUCCUUGAACGAUUGCGAAGCGGUGGUAUUGUCGGUGUCCUAGAAGGCAUGCGACGAGACCGCGAAGCUCUGGGACCUGAGGGCCCCUGGAAACGUGUCUGGCUCCAGGGCAAUGGCGGAAACAACGCCGCUAUCAAGGAUGACGACGAGUAG